CCAGUUCUAGCCAGCAGCCAGCAGUGAGCCCAGCCACAUCGAGGUGAAGAGGCCAAGCAGUUUGGACGACUAGCUUAUUGCCAGGCGCACACAGCCGCGCCAAGCCCCAUCAGCAUGGCUGGUUGUAACAACAUGCGACCGCUGCAGACUGCCGCUUCGGCGGCGAUGUGGGGCCUCGUGCUACUGCCACUGCUCCUGCCAGCAGCUACAGCAGCUACAGCAGCUACAGCAGCUACAGCAGCUACAGCCAUAGCAGGCGCGGGCGGUGUCCCACGCAAGCUACUUGACUCUUCGCCUUCCGCCAGUGGCGGUGGCGGUGGUAGUGGUGGCGGCGGCGGCGGGGCGGUCACCGGCGUGGGUGUGACGGCGCCUGGCACCGCCGUCGCGGCCACGGCCAGCGGCACGGUGGUGGCGGCUCCGGGCACCAUCGUGGCUAGCAAGCCCGGCGGCCCCACAGUGGUGAGGGCGCCCCUGACCAAGGUGGCCAGCACACCCGACCAGGUGGCUGUGCGGAAUCCGUUCGCGGACGUGGAUGUUGACAAGAGCACCGGCAGUGGCUCGGUGCGGGUGCCCUUUGUGGGCCGCAUCUCCUGGGGCGGCUGAGGGCGGCUGCAGGGGGCUGACUAGGCGGGGCAGUAGAUGAGGCUUGAACAUCAAGGAAUGGGAGACUGGGGCUGACUGACUACGAGGGCAGUCGGUGGUGCGGUGACAUGAAGGACGGGGGCGACAGCAGCUAGCCCGGAAGUGUACAGGGCAUGGGUGCAGCUGCAGCAGGUGCGGCGUAGCUGUACACACACAAGCUGACACGUGGUGAACGCGUGCAACCAGUUCCCUUGCUGCGUUGUGUACGGGCGUGGGAAGCCAGGGCGGUGUCUAGUGAUGAUGGUGGGCGGUGCCCUUGCUGUGUGAGCAUGACAGCGAACGGCAAUAUGUCUGACUCGGCC